UACGCAAUUCUGUCGUCAGCUCAGUUACUUAAUCUCUGAAUUCGUCGAGCGCAAAAUCCUGCUGUUGGUCUGUGGUACCAGUUUCUAAUUCAUAGAAAUGUCAGUACUGGGCUAAAUCUAUUGAAUCGCAAUCAUCUAUUCUGUGCUCAGCUCCCUGAAUGUAUUAAUUCUGCAAACACAGGGGACUGUGGUACUGUAUUUAUUCUACGGGCAUGAGAUCUAGUGGAAGAGCUUGGUUUUACUAGCUACCUCUUACCAACGAUUGGAUGCCAGAUUGAAUUGUUUUCAACCAUGAAUUGGAACUAUAAGUCAAUCUCUACGAACUGUGUAGUUGAACUGCUUAGAGACGUAUGGUGAGAUUUGUUAGUUACGGAGCAAUGCGAUAUGAAAUCGUAUCAUGUUCCUCUGAUCUUUUUAUUUGAGUUUUACCGGAUGGAAAAAAGCUUAUUCAACAAUGGACUUGGCAAUGUGGUGGUUGGAUGGAUUUUGCUAUACCAAGGAAAGAUGUAUUUUAACUCUUCCAUUCAUGGACCAUCAAUAGAACUGAACCAUUUACUUUCUCAUGGAUGGAUUGGUAGCCCUGAGCAGCUGAGCUAGUCCUCUUUUUUUUCUUGGUGUUAUUAACUGUAUUAUAUAUAGAGUCAAUCUUAGAGUUGUGUACUUGCCAGAAAGAUGCAAAUACGAGGCAUUUCCGGUGGCCAGCCGUGGUUGAAUUCUGAUAACCAGUGUGACAGAUGGGAGGGGACUACUGGGAUCCAUGGACAUAUAUACUUAAAAUACUUGGUCACGAAGAGAGACUGGCAGAAAAAUAAUUAAGCAGCUCUCCCUUGUUUCAAAAACAAAAAAUUAAGCAGCUCUCCAGUGGAGCUGGAAGAUCAAGCGGGUGAGGAUGAUGGGCUUCCCCAAAGGAGAUUUGAAGGAGCUAUUGAUUGCUUGUGCGAGAGCCAUUGACGAGGAAGGCAGCUCCAUCGCGACCGAUGUGAUGGUUCAGGAGUUGAGAAAAUUGGUUUCAGUAUCUGGCGAGCCGCUCCAGAGGUUGGGUGCCUACAUGGUGGAAGGGCUUGCUGCCAGGCUUGCCUCCUACUGCACAACAGACAGAGUUUCAGGGUGCAAGAAACCGAAAAUGAAAAAGACUAGCAUAGAGGAACGGAUCUCCCACAUGGAGACACUGCACGAGGUUUGCCGGUACUUCAGGUCUGGAUACCUGUCAGCAAAUGGUGCAAUAGAAGAGGCUGUGAUGGGAGAAGACAAGAUCCAUAUAAUCGACUUCCAUAUCACUGGAGGAAGUCAGUUGGUUGGUCUCAUCCGAGAACUUUCUAGAAGGGAAGGUGGACCACCAACCGUAAGGAUCACAGGAAUUGAUGAUUCAGUACCAACUUAUGCUGCGGGCAGCUUGCUAGAGGAGGCUGGGAUGAGGCUGCGGAUGGUCGCUUGCAAAUACGGCGUGGCCUUGGAAUUCCAUGCGACUGCUAUCUCUGUAGAGGAACUUGAAGGGGCACAUCUUGCAGUCAUCCCUGGGGAAGCAGUGGUGGUAAACUUCAACCUGGGAUUGCACCGCAUUCCAGAUGACACGGUGAGCACCGCGAAUCACCGUGACCGGAUACUAAGGCUGGUGAAGAGCUUGUCGCCGAAGGUGGUCACCCUUGUGGAGCAGGAGCUGGACACCAACACGGGCCCUUUCAAGCAGAGGUUCAUGGAGACGCUGGACUACUAUGCCGCCGUCUUCGAGUCCAUGGACCUGACACUUAUAUCAAGGGGUCAGAAGAGAGAACGGCGCUACUACUACGGUGACUUCUUCGAGUACAUCAACCAGGCUCCCCCGAGCGAUGACAGCACACGGAUCGGCAUUGAGCAACACUGCCUUGGGAGGGAGGUCGUGAGCAUCGUUGCAUGUGAGGGAGCAGAGAGAGUGGAAAGGCACGAGCCCUUCCACAAGUGGAAGGUGCGACUUACGAUGGCCGGAUUCACACCGUCUCAACUCAACUCGGAUUUGAAUGACCGCAUCCGGAAGAGGCUGCAGAGCCACAACAGCAACUACCUGUGCGACGAGAGGGACGGGGUGUUCUACCUCGGUUGGAAGGGCAGACCACUGGUGGUUACGUCCGCCUGGCAUUAGUCUUUCUGAUAAUCAAGUGGAUUAACAUUAUUACUUUCUUUCAAAAAAUAAGUGACUUAAACUUUUUGUAGAUACAGAUAUAUAUAUAUAUAUAUCUACGCACUAAAAGCACGUCUAGAUACAAUUAUAUCUAGCAAAAGUUGAGUCACUAAUCUUUGGACGGAGGGAGUAUUAUCAUUAUAUAUGAUGUCCUGUUGUCUGAUUGUACAUUUGUGGGUGCAACUUUAACUCUGAUUC